AUGAACGACCACGAUGAGAUCGUGCGGUUGGGGUUCCUCUCGGACCAGUAUCUCUACAGCUGCUCCAACGAGGGCAAGUUGGUGAUCCGCGACUUGAUCAACGACGACGCCAACGAGAGCUACAAGGUGUACUUGUUGCACAACCCCGUCCUGGACAUCCAGUUGAAGGUGUCGUCCCACAACGAUAACCGCAUCGUGAUUGCUUGUGCUGGCAAAAACAGCGAGUUGAAGAUGUAUGAGGUCAAUUUGGAGAGUUCCAGUGACACUAGCGAGCAUAUUUGGGGGGUGGCUGGUCCCAGGGGCAACAGGGACUUCUCGGUAAUCCAGAAUAGCAAUCUUCGCUCCACCAUCGACCUCAACUACACCAGCAGCAUUCCGCGACCAUUGAGGCGAUCUUACACCAACUUAAACCUCCGUGCAUUUAUCACAGCCACCUCCUCGGCUGCCAACUCAUACACAGACCGCCAAGUCAACGCAUUGUCCCCCAUAUGGACGUCCAACACUUCCUACCAAAAGUUCCUAUUCCUGGCAGCUCCCUCCGAAAGCAUUUCCAACUGGUUUGUAUCGGUUUGUAUUCUUGACGACUACAUUGUAACCGGCAGCCAGUUUGGAAAGGUGAUGAUAUACAACAUAUUUGAAGACACUUUCCCUAUACAUACGCUAGAAGUGUCGCAGUUUCCCAUCCGGUACUUGGCCAAGUUUGGAAGCAGCAACCAUUUGAUAUACUCGGACUCCAUUUCCAAGGUGGGAAUCUUGGACAUGAAUACGUUCAAAGUGAUCAAGUUGUAUGACCACCUUGAAAUAGGUCCGUUAUCGUACCUCAACGUGGUGCUUCCCAACCUCAGCACUAAGAGAAGGAAACAGCGCAAGUUGAGCAUAGACGGCUUGAGGUUUGAUCCCGUGUAUCUUAUUUGCACGAAGAUCGACAAGUCUUUGGCGAUGUACAAGCUAUUUGACGACGGUACGAGCGAACUCCUCUUGAAUGUGGAUCUAGGUACAUUCAUCCCUAGCAUGGCAUUAUUGAAGGCCAACGAAUACGAAGCAUUCAACUCGAUGUUUGGAAAUGUCCAGGAUGAUUUGGUGUCAGAUGUGGAGUCGGUGGAGGAGGCUCUGGAAGCCUCCAAGAAACGAAAGCUACUGGCCGAUGUAUUGACGGUCGCUGGACGUAUUCCCGUGCAGCCAUUGCACAAUCCGGAAACUCAAACAGACAAUGAUGAUAAUGACGACGGAAAAGGUGACAAGGAUGGACUCAAUGCUGGUGUUAAGUCCAUGCGAAUAGGUUAG